CCGCCCCGAUCUGCCGGGCGGGGCUGGGCCGAGAGUCCAGCAGCUGCUGGCUGGGGCUUCAGUGACUUCCUUGUUGUGAGCCCCGGCCCGGCAGUGUCCGGACUCGUAGCACCGCUGUCCUUACCGGGACCGCUAGCCCGAGUCUAGGUCGCAGCCGCAACCUCAGCCCGUCGGUCCCCCUUUCAGCACAGGUCUUUUCCCCGCACGUCCCGCGCUCCCUAACAUGCCCAACCCCAGCACCACCUCCUCUCCCUACCCCCUCCCUGAGGAAAUUAGGAACCUGUUGGCAGAUGUUGAAACAUUUGUGGCAGACACACUGAGAGGGGAAAAUUUAUCCAAGAAAGCAAAGGAAAAGAGAGAAUCCCUUAUUAAGAAGAUAAAAGAUGUAAAGUCUAUCUAUCUUCAGGACUUUCAAGACAAAGGUGAUGCAGAAGAGGGGGAAGAAUAUGAUGACCCUUUUGCUGGGCCUCCAGACACUGUGUCAUUAGCCUCAGAAAGAUAUGAUAAGGAUGACGAAGCCCACUCUGAAGGAAACCAGUUUCCUCCAAUUGCAGCACAGGACCUUCCUUUUGUUUUAAAGGCUGGCUACCUUGAAAAACGCAGAAAAGAUCACAGCUUUCUGGGAUUUGAAUGGCAGAAACGCUGGUGUGCUCUCAGUAAAACAGUAUUCUAUUAUUAUGGAAGUGAUAAAGACAAGCAACAAAAAGGUGAAUUUGCAAUAGAUGGUUACAAUGUCAGAAUGAAUAACACUCUCAGGAAGGAUGGAAAGAAAGAUUGCUGUUUCGAAAUCUCUGCUCCUGAUAAACGUAUCUAUCAGUUCACAGCCGCUUCUCCCAAAGAUGCUGAAGAAUGGGUACAGCAGCUGAAAUUUGUAUUACAAGACAUGGGAUCUGAUGUUAUUCCUGAAGAUGAUGAUGAAAGAGGAGAAUUAUAUGAUGAUGUUGACCAUCCUGUACCGGCCAGCAGCCCGCCAGCAGGCAGCCAACCAACCGAUGAUGAAAUUUAUGAAGAACUUCCAGUCUGUGUAAGACUGCUCUCGAGCCGAGAGGGACCUCUGGAGCAGCGGCGACUUUUCCAGAAAUGUCUGCAGUGCGUGUUGCGUAGAAGGCAGUGCAGAGAGAGAAGAGCCAAGUGCCAGUUGCAUGACCUUGGCCCAGUCAUUCGGCACCCCGAGUCUGGUUCCCUGUUAAUGAAGGAAGGAAAUUGAACUAGAUUUUAGCUAAGGUUUUUUCCCCCAAAGAUUUUCUCCAGAUUCUGUCAAAUGAGAUUCUUGCUUGAAUUUGAGGUUUUUUUCCCCCCAGCAUCCCAGCCAUGAUGUUAGCAAGUUGAAUGUCUGUGAAAAUUUAUUAUUUUUGUGUUUUCAGAUUUGCAUAUAAAUUAUUAAUUUUAAUACAGUACAGAAAUGUACUCUGAUCUUCAUGGUGUUUAUUUUUGCUUUUGAAGUACAUUGAUAACCUUUUCCUGUCAAACCCUGGAAGAAUAAAAUGUCAAGGUUGAAAAUUAGAUUGUAUGAUUGAAUAACUAUUGCUUAUUUGGCUGCCUUUGAUAUCACGUUAACCUUCUGGGUUGCCAAAUUCAUAAGUGGCAGUAAAACACCUAGCCCCUAAGGUAAUGACCUAGCUACUGCAUGCUAAUUGUGCAUUUUUUUCCCCCUGAGAAAUCUGAUCGUCAUCGUCCUGCCCAAAUCCCGCUCGGAGUGCUAUGGGGUAGACAUUAUUCUUUGUACUUUACAAAGAUGAGAAUUACAGUGUCAAGGUGACAUGAGUAACUAGAACUUUAACAGUAGGCCCCAGUUUGCCUCAAUAUCCAGGAGAGUAAACGUGACUCUGAAUAUGCCAUUUCAGUUGUCUUUAUCUUCUGGUUCUUCUUGAAGUUUCAUAUAAUACUAAAAGGCACAUGCUUCUAUCUUUGUAAAAAUAUAUCCUUUAUUGCUGUAAAAUAUAUGUUAGUCUAUUAAAUAGAAAAAUCCUUUAGAAGUGUCAUAUUUUAACUUACCAGUGGUCCAGGAUUUAUAGGCCCCAAAGGAACUCACUUUUCCACAUCGUCCUGGUUUGAAUUCCCUUGCUCACACCCCUUCGACUCUUCCACUUGACUCACCCGUACUGCUGGCUUCGGGGCUUGGCCCAGGUCCUGAGCAAGAAGAGGGGCUGAGGUGCCUUCGUGUGAAUCCUCCCUGCAUUUCUCCCUGUUUGACACCGUACUGCUGGGACUGGCCACGGGGGUCUUCCUUUCCCCAUUACGUCUGUGCCAUCUUCUCCCAGCCGGGGACAUUUUGCUUGCAACACCCUGGCACCCAAACCCCUGGAGAAACGUGCAGGACAGUGUGUUGCUCUGGAAUGCAGGCGAACUUCUUUGUUUAUAAAAAGACUCACCGCAACUGUCUAUAUUUAAACAUGUUUUCCUUGUUGAAAUUCAAUGAGAAAGAAAAGCUGGCUGGCCUAGAAAGAAUGAUGAAAUAGUAUUUCAUAAUAAAAUAAUUGUAAUAUUAUUUGAAAUAACUGAAAUAUUAUUUCAAUUAUGAGUUGCACUGGAGACCUUAAUAGAGUAUCAGGUACUGUGUGCUGGCUUCUGGGCCCUUGAGGGUGUGGACAUGAGAGGUGGGGAAGGAGAGCUGGGAGAACAGAAAGGAGAUGUGUGUUGGAGGCACCCCAACUUGAAAUUCUGUUUCUAAAUCAUCACUGCAAGGAUAGCUUACCUUACGAUGUCCUUCGCAUACAAUGCUAUGGUAGAAUAGAAUCUGCCCACUUCUGUGAAAAUGUUUUCCAAGUCCACAAACAGACAAUAUUCAAGUGAAACUUUAAAAAACAAUCCAUCUGUAAACUGAAGAGAAGGUGGAGAGAAGUCACACAUGCUGGGGUUUCAAUCCCUGUUCUAAUGACUUGUGUGGACCUGGGCACGUUCUUCAAGCUCUGUAAGUUUCAUUUCUGCAUCCAUAAAAUGAUGGUAAAAAUACCUAUUAUUACCUCAUAGAAUUGUUAUGAGGAUUUAGUUACCUAAUGGAUAUAAAUGCAUAAGCAUGAACAUUUAAGCAAUAAAUAUUAACUUUUCUUGAGACAAACAUAGUCUCGUGAUCAAAUGAAAUCAGGGCAGGUAGAGAUCUACACCCAGUCUUUAUUUCAGAGCAUAGCUUUUGAUUCUGUGUUUUAUGUCUCUUAAAAUACAUUGUAAUUCAGCAGAGCUGUUUUCUGAAGGUGCUUAGAGAGGUAAUCAUUGUGUGUGAGUAAAAGAUUUUCUCAUGCUGUCCUCUUCUCCCUGGAUGACACGAUAAGAUCAGUUUUCAGCCCCUCCGUGAACGUCACACACCCUGUUUUGGUGCUAACAAAUUGUCGUUAGCCUUUUUCAAGCAAUGUCAGCUGUACAUGUCAUUCGCUUAUCGCUUUUCUCUUUUGGUUAUUUUGUCCUUAAACAAAGAACAUUAGUAAGCAAGAAAUAGCCAUUUUGUAAAAACUGCAUAGCUAGACAGAUUUGUGAUCCUUAUUAGGGUAAUAAUCCAUCUGUUAUGGAACUUGGAUCAAUUUGUAAAUUAAAUUGAUUAAUCUAGCAGGGGGGAAAAAAAAGGUCUUGACUUUUCCCACAUAAGCAUUUCCUCAAAUGGUAGUCAUCCUAAAAAGAUUUGGGAAGACUCAGUUCUCUGGUAUUCUUUCUUUCUCUGCUCAACUCAGAAGGAAGGCCAAACAUCUUCUGAAAAGGGGAAUGAGAGUAGAGUUCAGCUUUUGGAUUCCUUGGGAUCUGAUUGUUCCUGGAACUUCCAUAUUUUUGACUGACUAUAAUGUUAAAACCUUCUGACGAUGACCAGAAUAUUUCUAAUACUCACUGAUUAGUUUAGUAAAUGUGUGACUGUGUUUGAAUUAUCUUCUGCAGUUAGUUUACUGUUAUUUUCAUCUUGUCUGAUCAAUAAAAUCUUCUGAUGAUUUUCCUAACAAUGUGUGAUUGGAAUAAUAACUUCACAUGUUGAAGAGUUUUGUGCUGCAGCUGAGACGCAUGUAAAUACAAGCUGCUUAUUUGCAAGAAGCUUCCAGAUUUGCAAUAUGAUUGCUAUGGAAACCACAUAAUGAAAACCUUAUAACCAUCUGUGUGGUUUGAUGGAUUUUACCGCAUAGCUGAGCUGUUUUUGUUUACUGUUAUUAAAAUGUUGAAUGGAAUAUAUUAACCCGCAGACGUUGACUAUUUGAGGUAUUAAUUAGUAUUGUAUAGUGACAUUGUGACUCAACACCAAAAUAAAAUAUGUUUAAUAAUAAA